AUGUUUUCACCACUCCCAUCUCUUAUCCAAUCUACCUAUGUGCUGACAUUGCUCCAGGCUUUCUUGGGGCAGGAAAAAAGCUCGCUCAAGUUCUACGACCCUUCCGCAGAUCACAAAAAAACCAUCGGAAAAGGAGCGAAUUACCAAUUGGUCUUUCAAUCCAUCGGCAAAACGUUCUUUGAUGAAUGGGAUUUCUUUUCAGAAGCUGAUCCCACGCACGGGAUGGUAGAAUAUCAAGCAUCGGAAGCGGCAUGGACGAAAGGAUUAGUAAUCCUCCAGCCAAGUUCGAUGGACAAAAACUUCACCUCAGCCAUCAUGAAAGUAGACAAUUAUACUUACUUAGCCGAUGGACAGCAUCGAAAUUCGAUCCGAUUGACGUCUAAGAAAUCUUUCAAGUACGGCCUGGUAAUUCUGGACGUAAUGAAGAUGCCUUUUGGGUGCUCGGCUUGGCCUGCUUUUUGGACUGUUGGGGAGAACUGGCCCCACGGUGGCGAAAUUGACAUCGUGGAAGGUGUCAACAUGGGCGUUAUCAACCAGAUGACACUUCAUUCUGAACCCGGAUGCAAAGUCAAAGACAAGAUGACGAGAAGUGCCUCGGGAAAAGUUUUGCACACCGACUGCGACGCGACGGGCUCGGGCAACGUUGGAUGCGGGGUGGCCGACCCAUCGAGCGCUUCGUUAGGCAAAGCUUUCAAUGACAACGGCGGCGGAGUAUUCGCGAUGGAGUGGACGGAAUCUGGGAUUUCUAUCUGGCGGUUCAAUCGGACCGAGAUACCUGAAGAUCUCGCCAAAGGAGAGAACCCACAACCUUCAAAGUGGAGUACCCCUCCGGUCGCUCACUGGGACCAAGAGGACUGCAGCAGUCUCAGUCGAGGCUUUUCUGAACAUAAGAUUGUCUUCGACAUCACAUUAUGCGGCGAUUGGGCCGGUGCUGCAGACGUGUUCAAUGCAAAUGGGUUGUGCUCAGGCAGUUGCUCCGCUGUCGUCAAGGAUCCUUCCAUUUUCAAAGAUGCCUAUUGGGAAGUAGCAUCCGUGAAGCUAUACCAAUAA